AUCGGUGCAACAGCGAUUAACUUCCGGCUGCAUCGUCCUCUGGAUAUUACAACAAUGGGCAGUGUUUUGGCUGCCAGCUCCCCCAACCCUCCACCACCAGCCACUGGUGGCACUGCUGCCUCCGGGUUGACAGUGCCGCCGGGCUUCGGGAUGCCUUCAGUUUCCCCAGUGAUUUCCCCAACUGGGGCUGCGUUGGGACAACAGGAGACGGAGAACCCUCUGCCAAACCCAGGAGCGUUUGAUGAAUGUCAUCGCAAAUGCAAAGAGGUUUUCCCUAUGCAGAUGGAGGGCGUCAGGCUCGUUGUCAACAAAGGCCUUAGCAACCACUUCCAGGUGAAUCACAAUGUGAUGUUGAGCACCAUGGGAGAUUCUACGUAUAGGUUUGGUGCCACGUACGUUGGAUCUAAGCAGACGGGUCCAGCAGAGUUAUUUCCAGUCAUGGUUGGGGACAUGGACAACAGCGGCAGCCUCAACGCCCAGAUCAUCCACCAGAUCACCAAAAGAAUACGAUCCAAAGUGGCCUUUCAGACGCAACAAAACAAGUUUGUUAACUGGCAGGGCGACGCCGAGUUCAGGGGAGAAGAUUUCACUGCAACUGUUACACUUGGAAACCCAGAUGUCCUCGUCGGCUCUGGUAUUGUUGUAACACACUACCUCCAGUCCAUCACGCCCGCUCUGGCUCUGGGAGGAGAGCUGGUUUAUCACCACAGGCCAGGAGAGGAGGGAACAGUCAUGUCCUUCGUCGGCAGAUACACAGGUAAUAACUACAUUGCCACUUUGACACUCGGUUCAGCUGGAGCUCAUGCUUCUUAUUAUCACAAAGCCAAUGAUCAGCUGCAGGUCGGUGUGGAGUUGGAGGCCAGCUCUCGUAUGCAGGACACCAGCGUGUCAUUCGGUUACCAGCUAGACAUGCCUAAAGCCAAUUUACUGUUUAAAGGCUCAAUAGACAGUAACUGGGUCGUUGGUGCAACAUUAGAAAAGAAGUUACUUCCUCUGCCGCUCUCUCUGGUUCUGUGCACGUUCCUCAACCACAGCAAGAACAAGUUCCAGUGCGGCUUCGGCGCCACCAUCGGUUAGACUUGAAUGUUUGAUUUUUACAGGAUGGACAGACGGUGUCAUGUUGAUGUUCAACUUCACACCAUCCUCGACCUCUUAAAGCAGAUUCAAGCUUAAUCAUGUUUAGAACUUAUCCCAGAUCAAGUUUCAUGGUAAAUAUGCCGAGUAGAAACACUGAAAAGGUUAAAAAUAAAUCUGACGACUUUAA